GGGGAGCUGGUCGGCUGGCCAAUAUGUGAAGGCCGGCAGUUGGAGGUGCAGGGAGAACAGCCCGUGGCAUCGCCGGUGGAAGGGCAGCGGGUCGCCCCUCGUGGAUUUUAGCCAUGGACGUGGGGACGGGACGGGGCAGCGAGCAUUUGUGGCCUGUCUGCUGGAAAUGUGUCCUGGAGCAACGAAACCGAGCUUUUGCAUCAAACUAGCUGGAUCGCACACACCGCGCGCGGCAACAAUCCCCUGCGCCAACGACAGCACACACGCACCAUGGCGACCCGGUACCCCUGCCGCAGCGGCUUUGACCGGUCGGCGCUCGGCGCGCCCCUCCCCUUCUCCUUCUCGCAGCGCGCGGCGCCGAACCGCUUCGUCAAGUCGGCCAUGACGGAGCGCAUGGCGAGCUGGUCUGCCUCGGACAGAUCGGCGCGCGGCAUCCCCGGCGACGAGCUAGCAGCUUUGUACAGGGCCUGGGGCGCGGGCGGCUUCGGGACGGUCAUCACGGGCAACAUCCUCAUCGACCACGACCACAUCGAGGCCGCGGGCAACAUGAUCGUGCCCGUCGACGCGGCCCUCGCCGGCCCGCGGUUCGGCGGGUUCCGGCGGCUCGCGGCCGCCACCAAAGAGAACAACGGCGCGCUGUGCAUCGGCCAGCUCAACCACCCCGGCCGCCAGUGCCUUGCCAGCAUCCAGCCGGACCCCGUGUCGGCGUCCGACGUGCAGCUGACGGCGACAAUGUUCGGCUCGGGGUUCGCGAAACCGCACCCCGCGUCGCUCGCCGAGCUGCGCGCCAUCACGGCCGCCUUCGUGCACGCGGCCGUGUUCCUCGAGGCCGCGGGCUUCGACGGCGUGCAGCUGCACGCGGCGCACGGGUACCUGCUAGCGCAGUUCCUGUCGGCCACAACGAACCGGCGCAGCGACGCAUACGGCUGCAGCUCGCUCGCCGACCGCGCGCGGCUCGUGACGGACAUCGCCGCGGGGAUCCGCGGCGCGACGCGCCCGGGCUUCGUGCUGGGCAUCAAGAUCAACAGCGUCGAGUGGCAGGCGGGCGGGCUAGCGCCGGCCGAGGCGGCGGACCUGUGCGCGCUGCUCGAGGCGCACGCGUUCGACUUUGUCGAGCUCAGCGGCGGGACCUACGAGGACAUGGGACUGAGGCACCGGCGGCCCAGCACGCGCGCGCGCGAGGCGUUUUUCCUCGACUUCGCCGAGGCCAUCGCGCCGCGGCUGGCGCGCACGCGCGCAGUCGUUACCGGCGGCCUGCGCUCGGCGGCCGCCAUGGCUGAUGCGCUGCGCGCCGUCGAUGCCGUGGGCCUGGGCAGGCCGGCGUGUUCUGAGCCGGGGCUGCCGCGGGAUAUAUUGAGCGGUCGUGCCGACGCCUGCGUCCGCCCGCUGGGAUUGGAUGAGGAUGAUUUUGCAGCAACGGCGACGCUCGCGGCGGCCCAGAUGAGGCUGGUCGGGUCCGGGCUGAGGACGCUGGACCCGUCGGACGAGGGUGACAUUGCCGUUUUCAAUGAGAGUGUCGAGGCGCGGGGGAGUGGUUCGCGAGGAGACUGGCUGGACCACUUACUAGAGCGGCUCAAGGGGCAUGCGACUGCAAAGAGUCAGCUCCGCGAGUCUGCUGCCGUGGCACUCUAGUCGAGACAUCACUGUUUGGUC